AUGAAACUAUUGGCGGUGGCAGCGGCGGUGCUCCUAUCGCUCGUGGCAGCAGAGCCAGCACCCCCUCCAGCGGCAGCUGACGUGGCGGCGGCUCCAGUGGCGCUGGCAGCUAACGCUGAAGGUCAGGAAGUACCCUUACCCGAAUACCUUACUCUGGAAACGUUUGAAGCCGCCAUCGCGUCGCGAUUGCUGCUUGUGGAGUUCUUCUCUCCCUAUUGCCACCACUGUACGGCGUUUGCUCCGACAUGGGAGGCGACGUACCGUGAGUUUAGAGAGGAAAUGGAACGGUUAGGGAUUCAGAUGAGACAAGUUGACUGUGUGUCUCAGGGUGAUCUCUGCGUACAGCAGGACAUCAAUGGGUAUCCACUGAUACGUCUUUAUGGUCCUGAUCCUGAGACUAAACAGGGGAGAAACUUUGGCCAGUUUCCUAGAACGAUUGAAAAGACAUCGGAAAACAUCAAGACGUUCAUGAGAGACCUGUACGCUGAAUUUAACGACGGUGCGCUUACCAUUUCCCUGGCACUGAGAAAGCUUAGUAAUGAGGAGUUGGCUAAUAUCAUUGCUGGUGAACCUGCUUUCCCUAAAGCUGACGACGAUAACACUCCUCCUGAUCUGUGGCUCGUAUCGUUCUGGCCGGCUCUGGAAGCGCAAUGGGAAGGUAAGGACGGCCACCCAGAAUUUGGCCAAAAGUGUAUGGACUGUAACGACUACAAAGUGAUGUGGGACCGGGUGCUGGGCCAGAUUCAGCUGUACUAUAAAACGGCCCACGUGAUGUGCGACGACCACAAGGAGCUUUGCGACCUGCUUGACCUUAAAUUUGAGGGUCGUUACGAAAACCCCGAGAUCGUGGUAUUUUUGCCGAAGCAAGUGGGCAAAGUCCGUUGGGACUACAAGGGUCACUUGGGACUGAAACUGUUGAAAGAUUGGGCGAUGAGAUUAUGGGAACUGUCUCGUUACGAAAAGAUUACUUACGGUGGACUUCCCGACGUCAUGAGACACGAGUUUGAACUUCCUCCCGGGCCAGUACCGUACCUGCCGCCCUUGAAGAACCAAGUAUCGGUGAUUUACUACUUCGACGGCGACAAACAACUGCCUGAAGAUGAAACCAUUAUGUCCUACGCCCUUGAAGCGGUGAUGAAGCUGCCGUUCAACGUGUAUUUGUACAAAUCCAAGCACAUCAAGCUUGAGACAGCGAUGGUGCAACAACUGGACGCGCUCCCCAAGUUUAUCAAUGCCAUUCCCGGUCAGGACCGCAAAUACAAGUACGACAGAGCGUUGCACGUCGCCAGCACCUUCACCUCCAAACCGACGUUCCUCAUCUUCAAGGACGACUCGUUGAUGUUUGAUGUGUUCCCAGCGUUUGCUCCUGAAGACGUGCGCGACCCAGUCAAGGUCGGCCAGUGGAUCCAACAGCACCAAUUCCCGCUCCACGAUGAACUUACCAACGAUAAUCGUCGUACUUACUUCAACCGCAGUGACGACACCAACUCUAAGGUGGUGCUUACCGUGGUUGAUCUUAACGACCACGACCACAUGUCCAAGGCGUUGUACAACAUGCUGGCUGCCGCUCACGAAUACCACCUCAACCGUCAGCAGUACUGGUUCGGCGAAGUCGAACUGCAACGGGCUAAGAAGCACGAUAAGGUGGAUAAGCUCAUUGACCAGGGCGCUGAUCACGGCGCUGUUGUCAAGGCGAUGAUGGAAGAAGUACCCCAUUACUUCGACCGUGACGAAGCCGUUUUUGCCUACGUCGACGUCAACAAGCUCGAUAACUUAAGCAAAAAGCUCAAAUUUGACUUAACCAAUUAUAAAGUGGGCGACACCUUAGUGGUGCUGCGCAACCAAAAACAGGUAUGGAACACUGACGGCGACGGCAAUGCCUUGCUGAGCGACCCGUUGCGGGUGAGAGACGUGUUGCUCUCGUUGCUUGACCCUCUGUUGGUGUCUCCCGAGGUGUCGGCAAAGGUGAAAGUGCUGCUGGUGGCCUCUCGUGGUCUGCUGAACUCUCCCUACGUCGCCUUCGCGGCGUUUGGUGUAGUGGCAGUCGCCGUGUACGGCUAUUUGCGGGUACGUCGGGGUCGUAGACGCCAAACCACGGGUAUGGGGAUCCUCGGCAACUUUGAAAAGAAGGAUUAG